GGACCUACAUUCGGUCCCUGCCUGCCCGGCGGAUGGAUUUGUCGUCCACCCUGGGCGAGGACACGGAAAACCUGAGCAGCUUCUCCGCGAUGUCGCUCCAUCACGGGAUCAAACUUCGGUACAGGCUGUGACUAAUGUGAUGGACAGCGACCGACAGAGAACUGAGAGAGAGACCCCGCCUCGGCACUGGAGGAGCUGCAAGUUGAUCAUCGACCCCGCUUUAACCAACGGCCUCUACAAAGUGUUCCGUUAUGAUGGGCUGCUCUUCAACCUCCCCGUGGAGGACUUAGGUCUGUUUCCUGUGGAGACUGUCAGAGAUCCACGCGUCAGCCGCUUGUGGAGCAAAUCACGCAAGACCGAGCUGUCAGUGCCCAAAUUGAAGGUUGAUGAGUGGUACGUUGGCCCCAUUCCUCCCAAAGAAGUGACGUUUUCCAGGUUGAAUGACAAUGUAAAAGAGGCCUUCCUGACUAACAUGUGCAACAAAUAUGGGAGUAUUGAAGAAGUGGAAAUAUUUUACAAUCCCAAGAACAAUAAGCAUUUAGGGAUUGCAAAGGUGGUUUUCGACACAGUGCAGGCUGCAAGAGACGCUGUUCAGCACCUCCAUCAGACGUCAGUGAUGGGAAAUAUCAUCCACGUGGAAGUUGAUCCUAAAGGGGAAAACAGGACACAAUAUCUCCAGCUCCUCUUACGUGGCCUUUAUAAUCCCUGGAUGUUGCCAGGUGGCAGCAGUGAGCCAGCUCUGCAAAACUUGAUUGACAGUUUGCUGAGCAGCGCAGCCACACAGCGACAAGGGAGUGUUUCCAGCCCCACCAGCACCGCUACACCCCUCUCCAUGGACACAGCUUACUCCAGUAUUUGGCAGGAUACACCUUGCAGCUUUGGGCUCACUCCACGUUCUCAGGGAACCCCCCUCACCCCUUCCCUGUCUGCCACUCCUCUCUCCCAGGACUCUUGCUACUCCAGUCUUCAGGCGACUCCGGUCCUCCAGGGGGAGCCCUCCUCCAGCUUUAGUGUUCACAGACCAUUAAGACGAGAGCUCUGCCGUCUCAAACCUGCGAGGUAUCGCCGCAGAUCCAGCAACGUCUCUAAAGUCAACCUGGAUUUGAAGCAUUGCCAACCACAGCCGCCACACGCCCUUUCUUCUCAAAUACAAACAAGAGGCCAGCAGCUUGAACUGUGGGGUCACAGUGCUCAAUCCUCCACCCACAAUAAUACACAACCUUCGUUUAACCUCACCUCCCCCCAUCAAGAGCCCAGAGACGGGAUCACUGCUACCUCAAAGACUUUACCUCCGACCUGUCACUCUUUUAGCAUCCUGAACAUUAACUUCCCAGCUGUUGAACAGACAGCAUCCCCCCCACCUGAUGACCAUGCAUUCAUAACAGAAUUACCUCCAUCUGCUGGAAACUGCUCCUCCAGCAACCCCCGACCACAGGUGGAGAGUUUGGACUCCCGCAUUGAAAAUAUACUGAUCAACAGCCAGAGCACUGACCCCUCAUACUUUGACAGACAGACUUCGGAGGCUGACGUGCACUCUCAGGACAGCCCAGGAUCACCUUGCUCUGCUCAUAGCUCCCCUUUCUCCGAUGACUCCGGGGAUCGGCUGCCUGACAGUCAAGCGUCUCUCAGUGAAAAUGAACAUGAUGAAACUACUCGAGCUGUAUCGUUUCUUACAAGAAACGCCCAGUCCCCCGCUGCAUCAGAGUUCACAGAUUUAGAAAGGAGGGCACACAGGAACAAUGAUAAAGAUGCUAAAAGUUUCCAGUCAUUAUCAUGUCCGAAGGAGCAUCAUGCAGUGAAUGAUGGACACUCAGCCAACAGACCGCCUGGAGCUCUGACACCAACAGAACACAUCCCCUCUCUUCCUCAGCCUCCCCCUGCAAUUACAGCUGGAUGCCGCCGUCCACCAGCCACUUCUUUCCCUUUCCGUGUUCCUCCCUUUCCCCCACCUCGCCUGCCAAACGGCACUAUCCCCAUCCCACCACCAGGCUGGAUCCCCCCUCCUGGCCAUGUUGGUAUCUCCAUUCCUCCUCCUCUUAUACGACCUCCUCCUUCUAUUCCUCCCCCAACAACUUUUCUGGGACCCCCUCCACCUUUGAUGGCGCCACCUUCUGUUCCCCCUCCUGUGCACAUGUACCCUUUAUCCAUGCCGCCGACAAGCCGUUUGGAUGAGAGGAAUCCCCCGAGGCAUGGCUUCCUUCCACCGCACUGGUCUGCUCCUCCUUUCCCUAGGUUUAACCCAUUUGUACCACCACCAGACUACCUGCUUGUGCGGGAAGACCCUCAUAAACUCACAGUAGAUAAAGUUUUAGAAGUCCUCAUGGAUGAACUAAAGUCAAUCAUUAAGAAGGACAUUACACGUAAAAUGAUUGAAGUGGUGUCUUUCAAGGCAUUUGAGGAGUGGUGGGACUCUCAAGAGAAAAAAACAAAGAUACAAGUUUCUCCUUUGAAUAAUGGACCGGAAAGUGUGGAUGAGACAAUCAAACAAAUAAAUCCCCUCAGUCAUAUGAGUGGCAAGGGCAAAAAACCUCCACUACCGUCCUUCAAGGUUAAAAGGAAAAAAGACGAUGAUCUUGCCACACCAAAAGAGACAGACACUGUGUUGUCCUCUGCGCAUGAAAUUUCUGAUCUAAAACAGGGGGAGGACACAAUGAAACCUGCAUCGGAGAGGCCUAAACGCAGACAUUCAAGGCCACACGAGCUAGACAGCGAUGAUGAUGAAGGGAAAGAAGCAGAAGAAAUGAUGCCAGACAAGAUGGAGGCUAUUGUGCCUGAAGACAGCGCCUCUCAGAACCUGUGUGACAGAGAACAUGACAAUGAUGAAGAGAGUAAUCCUAACGAGGAAGAAAUCGAAGUGGCACAAAACCCCUCAGAGGAUGAAUUAGCCAUCAUCUCCCCCAUGAGUGAUGGAUUGCAGAGCUUGGAUGGCGAGCUGUUCUCAGACAGCAGCUACUCAGGGGAAAGCGAGUAUGAGUCGUCAGACUUCGACUCCUCUGACUCGUUCUCCUCAGGCAGCUUUGAGGACUCGUCCUCUUCUUACCUCAGUCCUGAAGAUGAAGAAGCCAUGGAGGAGGAGGAGGAAGAGGACGACAGGAGUAAUGGUUGUAUAGUUAUAUCGUCAGAUGAAGAGUCAAUGGAGCUCGAUCCUUCCCUUAACUCAGCGGCCCCGCUAACCCCUGGUGCUCAGCUUGAUCUGUGCCUGCAGGAGUGGUCAGAUCCGUUCCAAACGGGGGAUAGAGAGGAGAACCAGUGCACAGACUGUCAACAAGACACACAAGACUUUGAUGCUCUGAUGGAGCGCCCAACCAGUGCAUCCCAUGACCUACAGCCCCCAUCACCUCUUGGACUUCCAGCAGCUGAGCCUUACCUUGACUCGGAUAUGGAGAGCCCUGGAUGGUCGCUGGAGUCUCUGGAAACCAUAGAAAACCUCAGGCCUCUCACUCCCACUGGCUUCUUGGUGGAAAGUGACCCUGACAUCCUGAUGAAAAGCAAACCAACAUCUCCGGCUGUGGAGGAGGUUGAACGACCACAAACACCAGGCAAGCGAACAGUGGCUGAGCUGGAAAGUGAGGACUCAAAUGAAGCCAGUGAAUUCUUGUUCCGCUGCCCAGUGAGCAGCGAGCUCAUUCUAGCUCCCCCUGACCUCCCGGCGGCCUCAUAUCAUUUAUACCAGGAGAUACCGAAAACUCCUGGGAGAGAGGAGAGAAGUGGAUGUACACAGUACAGCUCUGUAAGAACUCCAGCAACACCUGGCAGAGAGACACACAUAUCAGAAGGCAGCGCUGUGAUGUGCUCACCUCUUAAAAGCUCUCCACUAAUUCCAGCUUUGUCCAACAAUCCAUAUAUAAUCGCUCCAAAGACUCCUGGAAGAGACAUUGUCCUACCCCGAAGAGCAGUAGUCCACAGGAGGAAAUCACAAUUGGUGGCCACCUCACAGCCCCAGUUGGGUGACGACUCUCUUGGAGAUUCUCCCAUCACAGUGAUCUCUCCAUGCAAUCUCUCUGAAUCUUCAUCUGAGGGGAGGGGUGCAUGGACCAGUUUGCGUGUGAGAACGAAGCCUUUGCAGGGACUGGAGAAUACGCUUGGCCUUUUGGGUGAGGAGAAAUCUGUAUUUAGGCGAAAACAAUGGAGGAGACUAAAUAGGAGAUGGAGAACUCAUCAUCGGCAGCGAUCACUGAAAAAACGUGCUGGUCCACUCUCGUACCACAGUCGUCCUCACAGGGGGCGCUCACUGCGUGAGGAGAGGAGAAUCCUUCAUAGUAUUUGGAAGGAGGGUCUGGAUCAAGAAGAUGCGAGGCUGCUGCAGUCGACAUUUGAGAGGCUGCAAGAGCAGGAUAAUGGUUUUGGGUGGCUCAGUGACACACUCUGGAUACCUCACCCUCUGACUAAAGUCCUCACAGAGCAGAGUGAGGAACAGAAACCGUGGCCAAAGCACAGGACCGGCUCUGCUCGCAGUGAAGGUUUCUACAAAAUCAGCAGGAAGGACAAAUUAAAAUAUCUGAAAAACACAAAGCUGGACGCGGAGCUUCCAUCCACAAGUACUCAGGGAACAUCUCUUCCAUCCCAGCAACCCUCCUCACUGCUGCGUGCUGGAUCUGGCUUCAGGUCUGAACAGCGCCGCCUGCUGUCCUUUUUCAGCUGGGACAGUGACCUGGUCAAGUUCAACCAGCUGAAGUUUCGAAAGAAGAGGAUUCGUUUCAGCCGGAGUCACAUUCAUGAUUGGGGCCUGUUUGCCAUGGAGCCUAUAGCAGCAGAUGAGAUGGUGAUUGAGUAUGUGGGACAAAUCAUCAGACAGGUCAUUGCUGACAUGAAGGAGCAGAGAUACGAGGAGGAGGGCAUCGGUAGCAGCUACUUGUUCCGGGUUGAUCAGGACACCAUCAUUGAUGCCACUAAAUAUGGGAACUUAGCCAGGUUCCUCAACCACAGCUGCAAUCCUAACUGCUACGCUAAGAUUAUCACUGUGGAGUCUCAGAAGAAGAUCGUGAUAUAUUCCCGGCAGCUGAUAAGCAUCAACGAGGAGUUAACAUACGACUACAAAUUUCCCAUCGAGGAGACAAAGAUUCCUUGCUUGUGUGGAGCAGAAAGCUGCCGCGGCUUCUUGAACUGAUCUCCAAUGAAGUGUCCUUGUUAUGUCAUGAGCCAAAGUUGCCUGAGGUACUGCACAAUAUAAACACAGACACCGGAUAUGUGUCAAAAAAAGCCAUUUUACUACUAUUCAGACAGUACAGUCGAUAAUUUAGAAAAGCACUGCAGCUUGGUUAAUAAUAAUUUUACAUUUUUUCAUUAUAAAACACUACACUUGGUUGUAUUUGUUUAUUCAGUUCAUGAACACAAUUGUUCUCACAUUGCAGUUGUGUGCAACAUCACACUAAAGGCCUCUGUUACAAUGAUAUGUCUGUUGACCUCGUUGUCCUAAUGAUAACAUGAAUGUAUCGUUAAAUGUUUUCGUUCAUGAGAGCUUCAACUGUGAUUUGCUUGAGUCAAGCUUGUAUCAAAAAUGUUGGUGGUGUUAAUAUUUUAUAAUAAGAAAGCAUUUCUUUAUGAAUGUUUAGUGUUGAUGUUCUCUUCUUACUGAUGAGGUAACAUAAAAUAAAGAUUUGAAUAAUAAAACAAGCAGGUCACAAUAAUAUCUGGUAAACAGGACCCUCCACAGAAAGUGUCUUUUCAUAUUGAAUACAUAGUUAUUGAGACUAACACAAGGUUCACAUGUUCUUUGUAACUCCAUUCGGUGUCAGGAUCGUCAGGUUUCCUCUGGCGUGCUGGUCGGCUUCAAUAGCUUCAAAAAGAGAUUUGAAGUUUCCUGCUCCGAAGCCCUCGGCGCCCUCACCUGAUGGUUGUGUCUCUGAAUGACUUCCAAGAACACAGUGGGGCGAUCCUGAACUGGCUUGGUGAAGAUUUGAACUGGCUCGUUGAUGGGCAUCUUCACAGUCUCCUCAUAGUUUGCCACUACGAUGGAUCGCAGGGCACUGAACUCUGUCUGAAGCUGUUUGUCAUCCACUGACCAGAAGCGGUGAAAGAGAAGGUUCCUCUGGUACCUGUAAGAUCAGGAACCAGAUCAACACUCCAAGAAUUAACACACAUGCACCUUAUUUUAAAUCCUUUUAAAUUCAGUGUUUCUGCUUUGGGUUUUCUAAAGGUUUGGAGAACUGCAGCCUGAUAAAUAUAAAUAAGUAAUAUAUUCAGACAUGAGCCAAAAACCUCUGGUAUGUGUUACACCCCCCGUCUGCAGGAUCAACCAAUGAUCUUGCUCAUUUUGAGAACUGCCUUUUCCCACCUACUUAUUCCGCAUUGAAACAAGAUCCAGAUGUGGAAACCCAAUGGGGACCUUCUUAGAGAAAACUCAUGAGUCAUGCUGAUGCUGCCUCAGAGUUAUGUAAGAGUCAGAUGGCCGUUGACUCUGCUAUCUAUCAACUUCACGUGCUUCUUUCCAUGUUGCAUGUUUCUACUCUUUGAGUCCAUUACCAUUCCACCACUGGAACCAUCUCGUCGUCUGGCUGGUUUCCCACAACGUGAUCGAUGAAGUUGAGUUUUCCACUGGGACUGCAUGGACAGACAAAAGCGAAACCGCACAAACAUACAACAUUCGUUAGUUGUGAUUCAGACAGAAACAUGUAUGUUAUAAACUUUAGAAACACAUUAACUCACAGUUUGGCUAAUGAAGGGUCCUUGAACAGAGGGGGGAGGAAUCCUGGCAGAAACAGCCCAGUGUAUCCUGUCCUCUCCACAAGCGUGUGUGUGGUGUCACCAUACUGCAGCAAACACAAGAGGGUCUAUAAUCCUGCCAGUUCUUCAAUUUAUCAUCAGCUAAUUUCAGGAUGUGUCAAUCCACAUUCAACAUCUUCAUAUUUCAAUAUGAAGAUGUUGAAUGUAGAUUCAUAGGAUUCCUUCUCGGUGACUUCUCUCACCGUCUGAAGCACAGCCAGUCGGACUUUCCCAUAUUUGUCCUCCAAUGUGUGAGCCUCCUUUACAAUAAGUGCACCUCGCUCACGGGCUUUCUGAGAAUAGAGAGAAUCUUAGUGCGUUGAGAGCAAAACUAACAGCAACAAUUCCCAGCAAUUAAAUGUAGCAGUGAAGUGUUACCUGCACAAGGAGGUCACAGUCCUCCACUGUAAAUGCCACAUCCUUCACUCCAUCCCCAUGCUUGACCAGAUGAUCUCCCAUCUCUGAGAAAAAAAUUAUUUCUGAAGUCAUUUGCAAGUUCAGUGCAAAAUAUAUAGAUUGAAGUAAAUUUGAAUAGUACGGAGCCACUAAAGUCCCAACAUGUGACCAAUUUAACCCAUUUGUGUGCGCAGGUAAUAACAAUGAUAAUUAUCCAAUGCUCAUAUAUGCAAUGCAAAUAUGUUCAUAUUAUAAAUAACUUGUUUGCACAAGAUAAUUACUUUGUAAUUUAAUAUGCAUAAUAAAGGCAUGGUUUGCUUAUGCUUUGAAAGCCA